AUGAAAAAUGACCACCUGGUGGCUAACAUAAUCCAUGGGGGCGAAUCACUUGUUUUCCUGCAAGACAACAGUUUUCGAAAGACUCAAAAUGAUGUCAUCCUCGUCGAGGGAUCCAUGAAGCCCCAUGACGGCGAUGAUGAUCAGCUCAUCACGAAUGAAGAUCAAGAAUAUUAUGCAACUUGUUCCACUGAACAGUCAUCACCUUGUUCAGAUUCUGCUGAUGAUGGUGAUAUUGACUUGCAUGAUUAUGAAAACCAAGAUUGCCCCACACCUAUAGUCUCACCAAUGGACAAAAGUGAUGUGGAAAAUGAUUCUUUUGUUAUAGGACCAAAAAUGGAGUCUAAGAAGCUACUAGCUGAGGAUCAAGAUGAUAAACAAAUUUAUGGAGACUCUUACACAAUUGGCUCAACUUCAAAGAGCUCCUCCGAGUGGAAAAGCUCAAUAAAUUGCAUAGAUUCAGUCACUGAUGAUCCAUUUUCAUCUUCCUCAAGAAGUUGUCCCAAAUGGGAAUCCUACACUGUGUUUCAAAAAUAUGAUGAAGAGAUGAUGCUCAUAGACAGAAUCAGUGCACAAAAGCUCCAAGAAGCAGAGUCACUGAGAUCCAUUCAAGAUUGUCCAAGAUCAAUUUCCGAGAGAAUAGUCCACAGGUUUGGCACAAUGAACCAAAAGCCAUCAGAUAUCAGACAAAACCCUUACCAUGAACUGGAAUCUGCAUAUGUUGCUCAAAUUUGCUUAACUUGGGAAGCACUCAACUGGAAUUACAUGAACUUCGAAUGUAAACGAGCCGAUCGGAAAGAUUUUGACUGCCCCGCCGUGGUGGCCCAGCAGUUUCAGCAAUUCCAGGUCCUUUUACAAAGAUACAUCGAAAAUGAGCCUUACGAGCAAGGGCGGAGACCCGAGGUGUAUGCCAGGAUGAGGCUUUUGGCCCCAAAGUUGCUCCUGGUUCCUGAAUAUAGAGAUUAUGAGGAAGGUGAAAGGGAUGAAGGGUUUGGGUCAAGAAUCUCAGCAGAUACAUUUGGGAUAAUAAUGGAGGAUGGAAUUCAAACCUUCAUGAACUUUCUCAAGGCAGACAAGGAGAAACCAUGCCAAAUCAUUAAAAAUUUCUUUGGAAAGAAGAGAAGAGGUUCAGUUGACCCUACACUCCUUCAACUCAUGAAAAAAAUGAAUGCUAAAAAAAGAAUGAAACUUAAAGACCUUCGAAGGGCAAAGAAAUGCAUAAGGAGAAGGAAAGUGAAAAUGAAGAAAGAGAUGGAUAUAUUGAUGGGUCUAAUUGACCUAAAAGUGGUGUCUAGGGUUUUGAGAAUGGCUGAUCUAACCGAACAACAAUUGCAUUGGUGCGAAGAAAAGAUGAGAAAACUCAGGAUUUUGGAAGGCCAGCUCCAUAGAGAUUCCUCUACACUUUUUUUCCCACCACAUUAA